GUCCCGCGACCUAUCCCGAUCCGACUAGCUUAUCACAUGACACGGCGAAACCCGCGGACAACCGCGAAAUCUCAAGCUCUUCAGCUCCCAACCCAUCAACCAAAACCGCAAUUGACGCCCCCUACGUCUCUAAAAAUGAAUCUCUCCUCCAUCCGGCCAGCAUUCCGGCCCGUAACCUCCCGCAUCGCCCAGCUAUCCAACAAUGCCUUGCAAAGAAGCUUUGCUCCCACAACUCGAAGAACCAUAAGACCAACACCCGCAACCACAACAACUACACGCUCCCCCUUCUCCACAACAGCCCGCCUCCUCAAGCGCAACCGCAGCGCGAAAAACGCCACAGAUCCACGCAUCACCGCAAUCCGCUACCACCUCACACACCCGCUGACCCCGCGACCCCUGCACUUCUCGCGCACGCGCGCCCUGCGCCACUGGACGAUCCACCGCGCAUGGCUGCUCUUCCUGCGCAAGCGGCGGCGCGCGGAGGAGCUAGAGCUGGAGCGGCAGUACAACAGCAUGCGGGCAGCGUGCGAGCACCUACGUCUACUAGAUAACAAUGGCAACCGGGUGAGCGAGGCGGAGGCCGGCGGGCAGGGGCCGGAUGCAGGCCGGUUGGGCGUGCGGGGCAGGGAGGUCGGACGCUUGUAUCGCGCGGCGAUGCUGAAGAGGGGGGUUUGGGGGAGUGUGCCGGUGGAGUAUGCGCGGGUGCAGACGGAUUUUCCGGGGCGGGAGGGGUGGAAUCAUGCGUGGACGAGGAGUUGAAGGGGUAGGGGCUGUUGAAUAGGUGUAUUAUAUUGUGUCUGGAAAGAGUGCUUCGUGGUUACUGUAAGAUAUGGAUGCUGCUGGGUAUUUAGGUAGGCAAGAGAGGAACUCGGCAAAUGCAGACGGCGGCGUGGAUUCUCCAAAACGGUAUCGUUCAAUAUUAACGCUCCAAGCAGGCAUACUAUAUGCUCAAGCCGACCACCUGGAGCC